GAGAGAGAUCAGAGAGAGAGAGAGACAUACGAGAGAGGGAGAUGGGAUUCCAGUUUCUCUUUUCUUUAGUUGUGGUUGGUGCUUUCAGCUUGUUCAUACAUCUGUGUAACAUUCUCUGGGUUAAGCCUCAAAGGAUUAGAUGUGAGCUUCAAAAGCAAGGAAUCUGCGGUCCUCCACCAUCUUUUCUUCUGGGAAAUAUUCGAGAGAUGAAGGCGGCGAAAUUGUCAGUUGCAAAGUCUACACCAGAAGGAAGCCAAGACAUAUUCCACAACUGCUCUUCCACCAUAUUUCCAUUCUUCCACCAGUGGAGCGAGAAAUAUGGACGGCUAUUCAUGUUUUCACUAGGCAAGAUGCAGUUGUUAUAUGUGAGCGAACCUAAUAUGGUGAAGGAAAUAAGCCAAUCCACCUCUCUUGACUUGGGAAAGCCUUCAUAUCAACAGAAGGAGCUGGGUCCUCUGCUUGGGCAGGGAAUUAUCACAUCCAAUGGAGCCAAAUGGGCCUAUCAGAGAAAGAUCAUAGCUCCAGAGCUACACUUGGACAAGGUUAAGAGUAUGGUGGACCUAAUGGAAGAGCCUAUCACUUUACUACUCAAUUCAUGGAAGAGAAAAAUUGAGGGUGAAGGAGGAAUAGUAGAUAUAAGAAUUGAUGAGGAUUUAAGAAUCUUUUCUGGAGAUGUAAUUUCUAGAGCAUGUUUUGGAAGCAGUUAUUCCAAGGGAAAAGAAUUAUUCCUAAGGCUUAGAGCCCUCCAGGAGGCCAUUGCUAACAGACGUUUGAAACUUGGAAUUCCUGGCUUAAGAUAUCUUCCAACAAACAGCAAUAGAAAUAUUUGGGGAUUAGAAAAAGAGAUCCACUCAUCCAUUUCAAGAAUAUUAGAUGAACACAAUAGAGGGAGAUUUGAGAAAAAUCUAUUGCAAAUAAUCCUUGAUGGCUCCAGAAAUGGGGAGCUAGGGCCCAAUACAACAGAACGAUUCAUAGUUGACAAUUGCAAGAGUAUGUACUUGGCUGGGUAUGAGACCACUGCAAUUUCUGCAACAUGGAGUUUGAUGCUGUUGGCUUCACAUCCAGAGUGGCAAGCUCGUGUUCGUGCUGAGAUAUUACAAGUUUGUGGAGGUCAACUGCCAAAUGUAGAUAUACUUCGAAGGAUGAAAUUGUUAACAAUGGUGAUUCAAGAGGCAUUACGUCUAUACCCUCCAGUUGGAGUGUUGACAAGGGAAGUUUUCAAAGAUAUGAAAUUUGGAGAAAUCCAUGUUCCAAAGGGCGCUUUCCUUUGGAUUGCAGUUGCAAUAUUGCACCAAGACCCUGAAUUUUGGGGAGCCGAUGCAAAUAAAUUUAACCCGGAGAGGUUCAUCAAUGGAUCAGUUGGUGCAUGCAAGUUUCCUCACCUGUACAUGCCAUUUGGCUUUGGGCCACGCAUUUGUCUUGGACAGAACUUAGCCAUGCUAGAAUUGAAAAUGCUUCUGGCUCGCAUUCUAUCAGAAUUCUCUUUCUCAUUAUCUCCUAAAUAUUGUCAUUCUCCUGUGCUUGGUCUGGUUAUAGAGCCUGAAUAUGGAGUCAAUCUCCUUGUACAAAGGUUGUGAAUUGUGACAAACGUUUGUUGAAAGAAAGAAAUUGAUUUGGUAUAUGUAUUCUGUAAUAUGAUUCAUGUCACUAAUUAACAAGCAAUUCAACUGUAAUUUAUAUUUUUAUAAUAUCAUUCCCUUGAUUAUUAAACCUAUUUUAGCAAACAUUGGAC